UUCAAGGUCGGAUAAAUAUCAAAAUAUCUGGUCUAUUUUGAACACCUCUAGACAAGACACACAAGCAUAAAUUUCCCAUUUAUAAGGACCACCUUAUGAAAUGGCAUGAAUUAAUUGGCUCCCUUGUGGGUCCAUGAUCUUCACAAAAUCCAAUUUUCUUCCCCAUAUAAAUUUGCAUAAUUGAUCUCCUCCACGUAAAUAACACACGGUCUUAAGCAAACAGGACCUAUAUCUAAUCUGAACUAGUUAACUCAUCAAAAGUUAUCUCCCCUCCAAUUGAUAUCAAAAUUUGGUUGAUAGAUGAUGGCAUGAAGCAAGUGAGGUUCUGGCUUCUUAAGAAACAAAAUGCUGAGACUUCAUGUAUGUUGUACUCCAAUUGAUGGAUCCAGACAAGUGAAAUUGGGCAUUAGACAUGGAUCUUGGCUUAUACAAAGUCAUAAGGAGUGGAGAAUUUUAAGAAAUAUUUCUAUCAAAGCUAUACGAGAGGAACCAAAUGAAAGUACUAAAGGGUUACCAAGUCAGAGUUGGGACCCGCGUUUGGAGAUCGAAGUUCCAUUUGAGCAGCAACCGGUGAAUGAGUACACAUCUUUGAAGGAAGCAACCUUGUAUUCAUGGGCUGAGUUGAGUCCACCUUCGUUCUUUCUGCGGCUUGGCGGUCUGUGGUUAGCAACUUUCACUGCUCUAGGAGUGCCUAUUGCGGCUGCUAGCUUCAAUCCUUCAAAGGAACCCCUAAGAUUUAUAUUGGCUGCGGGAACAGGAAGCCUUUUUUUGGUAUCAUUGAUUGUCCUGAGGAUCUAUCUGGGAUGGAGUUUUGUGGGAGACAGACUUUUAUCAGCAGUAGUACCGUAUGAAGAGACAGGCUGGUAUGACGGACAAAUGUGGGUGAAGCCACCAGAGGUUCUAGCUCGUGACAGACUGCUAGGAUCCUACAAGGUGAAACCAGUGAUCAAACUGUUGAAGCAAACUUUGGUUGGAACUGGGGCACUGCUUGUAUCUGGAGUCCUGCUAUUCAUCUUUGCUACACCAGUGGAGAAUUUUUUCCAGACAACUUUCACCACCAAAAAUACCACUCUGGAUGCAACUACAAAUGUCAACUCCAAGUUUAACUUAAGAAAAGAGGAGUUGCUAAGGUUACCGAUAGAGGUAAUGCAAGACGAUGACAUGGCAGCUGCCGCGGCAGAGGCAGCUGAUGGGAGGCCAGUUUACUGCAGGGAUAGGUAUUAUCGAGCAUUGGCAGGUGGACAAUAUUGCAAAUGGGAGGAUUUACUAAGAUAGAAUGCUGGACUUAAGUUUUCGUUCAAAAUUUUAGAUUUUGAGAUUGAAAUGCUAAAUCCAAAGCUUGAUUCAGUAUCUUCAAAAUAAUAUAAGGUUGUGUGGGAUAGAUUAUUAGCGUCAAAGUAAUCAUCUUUGAACAAGACUAUUGUAUCUAAUAUACACAGAAAGGAUUUAAAAUCAUCUAAAUUUCAAUUACUAA